CUCAAUUACCGGGCACGUUGGGUCGGGUCAGUUGAUUACGCGGGUAUGAGUGAUAGUUAAAAAUAACACGCCGGUCUUUACCCUUGAUCAAAGACCAUACGACUCGGUAUACGAUCUCUGCCUUGACAUUUAAUGGUGGCAGAAGAGGAACACGUUGACACUGUACACAUACAAAGAUGAUAGCAUUAGGAAUUGUUGGUGUCUUCUUGAUAGCACUGGCCAUCAGUGUCUUCGUCUUCAAAGUUCUUCCUCUCGCCAGGACACUGCGGAAAUGGCACAUUGGGUUGGACGACAAGUUUCCCCAUUUUCCCAUUCAUUGGCUGUGGGGAAAUUUGAAACAGAUUAAAAGUAUCAAGGCCUUUUUUGAGGACACUAUGGUAUUAUUGAAAGAUGGAUCUCAAGCAUAUAUGUUCUGGAUUGGGUUCUACAGACCUAUUGUAGUUGCCGCCCACCACGAGAGUGUGAAGGCCAUUCUGAAAACAUCCGAACCCAAGGCCAAGGGUGGAGGUGGAUAUGAAUUCUUGUUGCCAUGGCUAGGGGAUGGAUUACUAGUGAGCGAUGGUAAGAAGUGGGAGAGAAACCGCCGCCUGCUGACCCCAGCCUUCCACUUCGAUAUUCUCCAGCCAUAUGUCAGGGUCUACAACCAGGUGGCUCAGACGUUCAUGAAAAAUCUGGAGAGCCAAAGUAAGGGAGGUAACUCUGUUGAAGUGUUUGCCCCGGCUGGACUAGCCACUCUGGACACGAUGCUGCAGUGUUCGCUGUCCUAUAAGGAUGACAUCCAGGAAAAAGGACAGAGUCAUCCUUAUGUAAAAGCUGUCAUCAGAUUGUCAAACCUGAUCAUGGCAAGAUCCUUGAACAUCCUGCACUACAUCCCUUUCAUCUACAACCUCUCGGCCAAUGGGAAGGAGUUUGCCAAGCUCUGUCAAUAUGUUCACAAAUUCUCGGAGGACAUCAUCAUGGCUAGGAAAAAGGCACUGGAAUCAGAUCCCGAGUUACUAAACAAGCGUCGUUUGGACUUCCUGGACAUUUUGUUAUCAGCGCGAGAUGAUGCAGGUCAAGGCCUGACUGACCAGGAGAUCAGAGAUGAGGUCGACACAUUCAUGUUUGAAGGCCAUGACACCACCUCGUCGGCCAUCAGUUGGUGUCUGUACACGCUGGCCAAGUACCCUGCCGAGCAGCAGAAGGUACUCCAGGACGUUCAGCAGGCAGUCGGGGACAAGAAUGAAGUCGAGUGGGAUGAUCUAGCCAAGCUCAAGUAUUUACCCAUGUUUAUCCGUGAGAGCAUGAGGCUGUUUCCCCCUGUGCCGGUGGUCAGCAGACAGCUCAGCCAGUCACUGGUCAUUGACGGCGUCCAGAUUCCCAAAGGGGUGAUAGUCGACAUCAACAUGUACCAGAUGCACCGGAACGCUAAUGUCUGGCCAAAUCCCAUGGAGUUUGACACCGAGAGAUUCAGUCUGGACAGGGCUGCCGGGAGGGACCCCUACUGCUUUGUGCCGUUUUCUGCUGGACCAAGGAACUGUAUCGGACAGAACUUUGCUGUGAAUGAAAUAAAAGUGAUGCUGUGUCAAGUUGUUAGACGAUUUCACAUCGAGGUUGACCCUGCUAAACCUGCGGUGCCUUCUCCAGAGGUCGUUCUUCGGGCAGAAAAUGGCCUCUAUCUAAAAUUCUCUGGCAGGAAAAACACAUGAAAGAGUCUUUUUGUUGUUCUGUGUUUGGGACAUCUAAGCAUUGUACAGAAGAUGCGCAGAGCAACAUUGUGGGUCAGCUGUUUCUGCUUCAAGGACGGGGUCAAUUAGGGCUGGGACGAGUCCAAAUUUACGACCUCUUAUUACCUGACCCUACCCGGGUACCCUAUGUAGGUCUCAAGAGUUGGGACAUAAUGUCCGAUUUGGAAUUGUUUUCCCGAAGAUGCUAUUUAUAUACGCUGAUGUCGACUGAAGUUACAUCUUAACUCAAAUGUUUCAAAGUCAGAAACAAUGUGUGCAUAGCCAGAAAGAAAUGCAAAAAAUAAGUGACUUUUAUUGUUUUUGUCAUUAAACAAUCUAUCACGUGACUUACCACAGAUCCCGAAUGUCCUGAAGGUACCCAUGUCCUUCUCAGGACCCACCCCACCUGAGUACAUGAGUUACCCGUCCCAGCCUUUGUGUCAAUGUUAUUUCCAUUAUCAAUACUUCACAGGGUAUAUAUACACGGAGUACCUCAAUCGUGCAUAAGUACACUCGAUUUUGCUCAGAUUACAGCAAUAUUUCUUGGACAGCUCGCGCCAUAGCCUUGCAGGAAUCUCCACAUUGCUUCAAUUUCAUUGACACCUUGCUUUGAUAUUUUGGUAACUUAAGGGUCCACACAGUUCUUGCAUGUAGUAGGGCUCAUUGGAUAACACAUGGCCUCAUUUCAUUGUCACUACUGCACUAUGAAGUGGCUGUAUAUCAACACAGGUGAUAGAGGAACUUGGUGUAUACACACCCGGAAGCACUGACAAUGUGUUAUUUCCUGCUGCACUUUGUUGAUACUUGGCAGUUAUUGAUCAUGGCCAUUGAGUUUAAAUGAUUAGCAUUGAUUUUGCUUGUUGUUAAACAACGCACUCAGCAAUAGAGAAAUGACGGAGACCCGUAAAUAAUCACAUCUGGGCAGACAAAUUAGUGUUUGUUUGUUGGUUGUUUAACAAAACACUGAAUAUUCCACAGUGUGCGAGCUCAGGCUAUGUUACCGCUUAUAGAUGAAAACCAAGCCUCGCUUUCACACAGGUUAUAAAUAGAUUCAAUGCUAAAGGCCCCAUAGUGACGUCACAGCCCCUGUCACAGGAAGUGAAAAAUCCUGGGCUCUACACCUACCUCAUAUAAACCUUUUAUUACAAAUCCUAUAUGUACAUGUAAUGUUUUCAUAUAUUUCCCAUUUCCACAUAUGUCAAUUUACCAAAAUAAUACCUAAAUAUAACCCAUCCAUGCACUGUAGAGGCUGUGAGAACAUGUUUAUUGAAGUCACGUGACCUCAAAAUAUUCUCUCACAGGGUAGAAGUCAUUCACAAAAAUAUGGGUUCCAUCUAUCUUAAAGGGAGGAGGGGCCAAUUCCUAUGUUUCCUGCAAUCACUGAUCACUAAGCUUACUAUAUCCAACUUAAAACAGGAGGAGCUACAAAUGUAAACAUGUUUUUAAUUGGAUAAAAGACAGUCCCCAGUUUCCCCCUCGAAGUGACCAAGAAGUCCCACACAGAGCGGCCAGAAACAUAAAUAAAUCUGGCAUCUUACUGAUAGCAUCACAUUCUAGUGACAGAUAUGUUACUUUAGGGCAGUUUAACACCGUUUGUUUAAAUUUGAGUUGACUGAUUUGUCAUUGAGGGACUAAUUUGUGUGUCAGGGGUCUAAACUGAUGGUUUACAGGUUGUGGUGUUUGACAUUUGGUUCUUUCUGUCUUAAGCUGUCUGGACAUAGUUUGUCAGUGUUAUCACACUGAACAGACAUUUGCGCUUAAAUAAAUCAGAACUUAAAUCUCAAAUAUGUAUUGGUUUGUUAGUUUUAAUUAGGGAAAGUAACCCUUCACACCACCGGAAGUUGUCAAGAUUUUAGUCACGUGACCUCUAUCAGUAAAAUGAUUGGCUCAAACCUAUCGUCUGCUGUAGCAGUAUACUUCUUUUACUGUUGUGGUGGACGAUUACUUUUGGAUUAUACCUUGGCUAUUGCAUUUUUAUGCUCGGUCAUGGCUAAAUUGUGUGUUUCAACUGUUAUUUUCUUGGAACUCACUUGGAAUACCAGUCUCUUACUAACUAUUUAUCAUGAUGCGACUUCCAAGUGACACCACUGGAGAUUUGUCAAGAAAGGUAUGAACAUAUUGGAAUUCUGGCACCUCUAUAACUAAUGAAUUUUCAAGUGGAAAAUAUCAAGAGUUCAUUUAUACCAAUAAGGCUUGUGUAUGCAUUAAUAUUAUAUAGAAGUUUAAACGCUAGUAGAAUUUUGCAUCUUGUGAAUAUAUGUGCAUUUAUGCCAUCCAACAAGUCAGAAAAAAUAGAAACAAAAGAAAAAAUAAUGGCAUUCCUCCUGAGAAAAAUGUAAGACAUCGUAACAUAAUGGUAGCCAAUGUCGUCCUUGUCAGGUAUGCAUACAGUUGGGACAAUUUAAAAAAAGAUGAUCCUCAUCAUGAAAUGAAUAAACCUUAUUAUCCAGGUGAAAAGCAUUAAUAUCCAGUGAAUAUAUUUUGUAACAUGGAAAGCUAAUAAAAGUACAAAAAAGUUGUUUCAGUAGAAACCUCUGUUUAAAAACUCCAGUUGACAGAGACUAUAGAGUGAAUAUGUCAUCUGCUAGCAAAUUGUAUUUACUGUUUGUAGGUCGCACUUGAGAACGAGGCUUGGUUUUUACGGGAAAAGAUAUCAAUUACAAAAUUGAGGCUAAGCUCGCACACUGCCAGCUAUUUGACAGAAGUCUGUAAAUAAUCGAGUCUGGACCAGACAAUCCAGUGAUUGACAUGAGCAUCAAUCCACGCAAAUGGGAUACAUAGUCAUGCAUCAACCAAGUCAGUGAGCAAGACGACUCGAUCCUGUUAGUUGCCUCUUUUGACAGACAUAGUCAUCUGAUUAGUAUUAGGGCUUAAUUGUUUGACCUGUCAUGUGAGUGAGUGAGUGAAUAUUGUUUGAUGCUGCUCUCAGUAAUAUUCCAGCUAUGUCACAAUAGCUUUAAAUAAUCAAGUCUGGACUAGAUAAAUCAGUAACUUGGAUUAUUUACAGGCUCCUUUGAUUUAGCCGAACACUUCUGAUUUUGGUGUUAAACAAUAAACAAAUUUUAACGUUUAAUGUUCAUCACUGACAGUUGCAGUAAAACCUCAACUGAUUGCUAUGUUACUUUGUGUCAAUGUUUCUGAUUUGUGGGUCAGGAUAAUGAAAGAUCAUUCCAAUUUAUAGCUGUCCCUAUUAUUGAAAUAACUCUGUUGCGUAGUGUUUUGCUACUUUCGAGUAAACCACUUUUAUAUGCCCAUACUGUGCCUUAUCAUUGCAAAUGUUUUACAUGUUCAUUCGUGUUGUGAAAAUGAAUCUUCCCCAAGAAAGUGUUAACACCAUUGUCAUUAGAUUUAGUAAAAUCUGAAUAUUUUUUAUAUUUGCAUACUUAUCCUGCAUUACGAAGUUGAAGUGCCCUUCCUUCGCUACACUGCCUCCCCACGAAGUUUCAGAUGUUGUGUUUAAAGCAGUUAUGUGUUUUGAUGUUACGUCAUGACUUCCGGGUCACAUUGCCGACUGUGUGAGAGGGCGCUGCUGCAACUUUCUUCAGCAGCUGGAUCUCACACAGUUCGUCUCUCUAUCAAAAGACAGCAGUUAAUGCAAUCCGGAGUAAUGCAGGAUAAGUUAAAACAUUUGCUACUUUCCCUAUAACGUAAUAUAGCCUAGAUAGGCCAAACAAGUGGUUGAUAACAUGAGCAUCUACCCAUGCUGUUAUCAUGGUUAGGGUAUGGUGACAGUCAACCUGGUCACAGAUCACAAAGUGCUCAAUUUUAUUUUGUCCCAAAUCCCAACACGACCGGUAAUCUAUGAGUCAGGACAUUUGUUUGUGUUCAUAUAGCCCCGUCUCAUGUGAAUAAAUAAUUUACCUGAA